CAUGAGGUGGGGGCGCAGAGUCCCGCUCCCCGUGGGUCUUGCCUUCCGCAGCUCCAAGCCACUUGUCAUUCAGAGAGUGACAGUAUCCAACCUGACGUUCAGGCCGGACAAAGAGCGGCUUUUAUUUUUUUCCCGUUCAGUUGACGCGGCCACACUUGGGUGAGCAGCGUUGGGUUCUCCGGCUUGCCGCGUGCCCGCGUCACUCCUGUUCAUGCCAGGAACUGGGGGCGUGGGGCCCAAGGAAUGUGCGGGAUCUGGUGAGGGGAAGGGGGUUUCGGUGGGAGGAGUGGAGGAGCUGCGAGACCCUCCUGUGAGCGGUGCAUUCUCAAGCCUUGGCUAUCGUGAGCCACCGCCUGGAACAUUCCCAGGUGCUCUGCGAGAGCCCAUGUUGCGUGCAAAGGUGAGUGUACUCAUGCCGGCGCUGGGAAGUGGCCAGGCGGUGCUCACAAGAUAAGAUAAAUGCCCAAACGGAGGCUCUGGGUCCCGCCUGACGUGGGAGGAAUGUCUGUGUGUGUGCGCUCGUAUAUAAGUUCUACGAGCGGGACUGCUGGAGGGCAGGUCAGGACUGGAGGUAAGCUCACAAUAGCAGUGCUGUUAAUGCUCCCGAAUGCUGUUCCUGUCGCGUCUCUCCUGGGCAUGGCUGGAUGAUUGGAAACUUAGAAGCCUGCGUCCACACUUGUUUGCCAGGAAAUCGCUUCAGUUGAGGGUGAAUUGUUUCAGAACCUCCAAUUUUCGCGGUUGCCAGUAGUUCACUAAUAUGUGAACCCACAGAGACUGAUAAGACUCGUAGAUUUCCACAGAUUUACAUAAGAGUUCAGGGUGGCACAGUGCAGGAGUUGUGUCGCCAUUGACUCACCUCUUGUAUGAACUUUAUCUGUUACAAAAUGUAAUCGUGUUUGUUGCUGGCUGCUAGGUGUUUUGGAUAUUUUGUCUUCUGCUGUGCAACUGAUAAACAUAAGUUCUGCGCAGUUGUGUGGCUAUAAUUAUCGGCCCACAAAGGAGCGCCGUGCUCUGCUGUGGCGUGCGCUGGGGUUGCUGGAGCGUCUCACUCCUCGUGCGUGCGAGUUUCCUUCUGAACUCGUCCUGGGCUAUGUCUUUGCGUAGAUGAUCCUCAAUGGUCUCCUGGCUCAAGCCUUGGUCCACAGUAGCUCUACGAUAUUUUGGCUACGGCUUGUUCCGGACAUUUGCACGUGCUGGCUGGCCAGCUGUUCAAGUGGAUUGGACGGUUUUGCCAAUGCUAUGUUUAUGUCUUUGAUGAGGGUGUGAGCCCGCCUCUUUGAGGCUUGAUGCUUGUGAAAUUAGAGCGUUUAUCAAUAUCACCCAAGUCGGUGAAUUUCCACAAUGUGUGAGGCGUGUCGCUCAUAUAUACCUUAAGAUCAAUUUCGGCUGUCAUUAAUGCCUGUCCCUGCCGCCAGUCCGAUGCCGUACCCUUCUCAUGCCUUGUAGCUACUGCGACGACGAUCUUCAUCCGUGAAGACAAGUGGCGGAGGUAGUGCGACGCGAGGCCGCGUGGUGUGGGGUCAGGCGGGCGGCCUGGGUGGUGUGUCCAGCCACGUCCGUCUGGUGUCUCGGUGCAGGUUUGAUCCAAGUUUGCAACCAUGAAGCUCCUGCUCGCCGCAACGCUGCUCGCAGUCGCGAUGGGAAUGGCCGAGUCGAUACGCAUCGCCGCCUUCAACAUCCAGACGUUCGGCGAUGCCAAGAUGUCCAAGCCCGACGUGGCGAAGGUCAUCGUGGAUGUCAUCAGCCUCUUUGACAUCGUCGUCGUGCAAGAGGUCCGGGACUCGGACCUCAGCGCCGUCAAGCUGCUCAUGAGCCAGCUCAACAGUGCCUCAGCCCAUCACUACGAAUACUUGGCCAGCGAUCAGCUCGGCAGCUCCACCUACACAGAGCGCUACGUCUACAUCUACAGGGACAAGGUCGUGUCUGUCUCCAGCAGCUACCACUACGACGAUGGCUGCGAGUCGUGCGGCACCGACACGUUCAGUCGCGAGCCGUUCCUGGUCAGGUUCAACAUCCCCAGCAGCGCUGUCCCGCAGCUCGUGCUCGUGCCACAGCACACGUCUCCCGACCUGGCGGUGAGGGAGAUCGACGCGCUCUUCGACGUGUACGCGGACGUGCGCCAGCGCUGGGGCACGGACAACGUCAUGCUCCUUGGGGAUCUGAACGCCGACUGCAGCUACGUGACAGCGUCCGACUGGGGGCGCAUCCGCCUGCGCUCGGACUCGCGCUUCUCCUGGCUCAUCGGCGACGAGGUGGACACCACCGUGGGCACCACCAACUGCGCUUAUGACAGGAUCGUGGUGGCUGGGAGCGCGCUCCAAGGGGCCGUUGCUUCCGGCUCUGCUCGCAUCCUCAAUUUCCAGUCCAUGUAUGGCCUGAGCCUGGAGAAGGCCAAGGAGGUGAGCGACCAUUUCCCGGUGGAGGUGACCAUCAACUAGAGGAUCCUGCUGCUGCUGUAGCCGAGUGUGGCUCAAUAAACGUUGGCCCCCCUCA